AUGCCUCCGCCCCUCAACGGCUGGCGAGACAAGCUCAGCGCGCUCGAGGACUUGUACGAGCGACAUGUCAAGGGCGUCCCCAAACCGCCCGUCCUCUCUGCGAGUGCUGCGGCGCUUCUGUCGGCUGCCUAUGUCUUCAUCUACGUAAUCCCCUUCUACCUGUCGCCCGCAACGCGACCUUCUCCGACUCUCACGCGCGAUGCACCGUCGUCGAUACGCGCCCGUGUACGCGCAGUUACCUUCUCCACUACCCUGUGCUCUGUCCUCACCGUAAUCGUACUCUACCAACAUGAUGCGUCCGCCAUGGAGAUCCUCAGCCUGCUUGGCAUAUGGCCUGUUUCACCCGUAGAUACCAUCCGGACCAUGCUGUUGGUCGUGAUCCUCUUCGCAGGUCCAAUCUUCGAGCACGGUAUCGUAGACGAUGGUUGGAGAGACUGGAUCAAGCUAGACGGUGUCAACGAGUCCUUGAGUAGCUGGAUCGGAUACCGGAACUUUGUAGUCGGCCCUGUCAGUGAAGAGCUCGUCUGGCGCUCCUUCAUUGUCCCCCUCCAUGUCCUCGCCCAAUUCUCCGGCAAGCAAAUCGUGUUUCUUACACCACUGUACUUCGGCAUCGCGCACCUGCACCACCUUUACGAGUUCCGCAUAACCCAUUCUGAAGUCCCCUUCUUCAUCGCCGUGCUUCGUUCACUCUUCCAGUUCACAUACACAUCGCUCUUCGGGUUCUUCGCCGCCUUCGUCUUCAUCAGGACUGGAAAUGUGUACACGUGCAUGCUAGCGCAUACCUUUUGCAACUGGAUGGGUCUUCCGCGCUUCUACGGUCGUGUGGGAGUUGAAGCUGGCAUCCCCAUCGGACCGCCUGAUGUCGAUAAGAAAGAUGAUGAGCAAAGGAGUGUUCCAGCUUAUCAAGGGAAGGGUUUUGGAUGGACAGUAGCCUAUUACCUCGUACUCGUAGCUGGCGCUCUGGCCUUCUAUCACCAGCUGUUUCCUCUAACCGAGAGCAGCCAUGCUCUACCUGUUGACUUGAGUAAGUAG